AUGUAUUUACAAAGAAGAAAACACGAAAUUGUGGAUGAACAAGCCAUUCAAGACCCACGGGACAACUCCGGGAAAAGCUUAUCAACCGCUUACCACCAGCAGCUUAAAGUCAUUCUGCCCACCGUGGCGCCCACACAAACAUCAGCACCAGCCGCGCCGCCUGCUCCAGCACCGGUAGCGGCUAAGAAACCCUCGGAUGGCACCAAUCGUGACUACAAGUACACACAGGAGAUAUCCCAGAUGAUGUUUGUCUUUGGCGAGAUCCAAGACCCAAAUCCAGAGACAGUAAACCUCGUCGAGGAUAUUGUGCGCAGCCAGCUCAUCGAACUUAUCCUGCAAGCUCGCCUCCACGCAAAUCGCCGUGGUGUGCGCUACAUCACCGCAGAGGACCUCAUCUUCCUCAUUCGCCACGACCGCGGCAAGGUCAACCGUCUUCGGACAUAUCUUUCGUGGAAGGACGUUCGCAAACAUGCCAAAGACUCGGGUGGUGAUGGAGGUGGUGGUGUUGAGGUUGAGACGCUCGAGGAUGGUGCUGAUGAUAAACUAACGACUAAAGCGCAAAAGAUCACUAUUAAGCUUCCCUGGGAGAUUUCAACGAUCUACAGUGAGGUGCUCCGGCAAUCUGGGCACCAGUCUGACGACGAAGAGGAUGAAGAUGAUAUUGAGGCGCAUGAAGCAAGUAUACAGCGCCUCAAGGAAGCUGAUGAUGCCACGCGGCAAAUGACGAGGGAAGAGUACCAACAUUAUUCAGAUUGUAGACAGGCAUCAUUCACUUAUCGAAAAGCCAAGCGCUUCCGCGACUUCCUCAACCUCCCCCCUCACCUGGACCUCAAAGCCAACGACGACACUGUCGAUAUCGUCGGCUUCCUCGCAUUCGAAAUGGUGCGCUCCCUUACGCUCGCAGGCCUCGACGUCAAAAAAUCCCUUGAAGAAUCAUAUUUACGGGACGACUACCCGGGCACUUCGCCCAUCCUCGGCAAGCGCAAGUCGCACCACUCACACAGGCGAGGGGAACAGCGAGACAAACGUGCGAGGAGAGAGGAGGAAGAGGAGGAAGAGGCACCGCUACCUACGAGCUCCCUGUUUUUGCCCCCGCCAGAAGCGAGGACAGCUCUGCGGCCUGAACACAUCCAGGAUGCCUUUGCGCGAAUGCAGGGGGACUGGUCGCACCACCGCAGUGCGGGGAUGCGGAAUUGGCGUGGAGGGCUCGUGCGCACGAGAGUCAGUCUUAUUUAGACUUGGCUCGUGCUGUUUUGGUUAUGAGAUGAUGAUUUGGGUACCCUUUGUAUUUGUAUCUCUGCGGACUACUAAUACCUCU